AUGAAGGUGAAGAGUCCAGAGAUCAAGCCCGGCAAGAGUGACGUCAGCAAAAGGGUACUUCCGGUCAGGAACAGAAUCAAGUACUCUGCCGUUCAGUUGAGGCAACUGGAGAAGGUGUUCCUGUCCUCUCAGUAUCCUGACAGCUCCAUCUUGGAGGAUCUCUCCAACACCAUCAACAUUGACGUAGAGAGACUAUCGAUCUGGUUCCAGAACCGUCGCUCCAAGUUUAAACGGCAGUCUAAGGAUGGCCACGUGGCCUGGAUGAGGAAACAGUUGUAUCAUGGCGGUACAAUCCAGUCACGUGACAGUUCCCAGAAGGAACGGUGUCAUGUGCUCACUCCGCGCGCUCCUUCCACGUGUACCGACGCUGCUGACAAGGCCAGGUCAAACCUCCACUACCUGCCAAGCGCCGAACCCAGCUACCCACCUACGUCAGACUACACCUGCAGCCUUACGACGUCAUCUACGUAUCCAUCCCCUUACACUAUUCACGAUGGAGCUUUCAACGACACGCCUGGUACAGAACCCACACGGACCCCCCUUCAGCACUACCCGACCCCCGAGGUGUCAUACCAGGAGGCCUAUCAAUGGGCAGCACAACCUACUGGUCCGUCCUGGCAGUCCUUGGCAACCGGAACCUACCCUUACCAGAGUUAUUCCCCCUUCGACUAUCCUUCAGUUCAUUUCCCUCAAAUUGGCUCCAGCUAUUAG